GCUGGCUCCUUAGAGCAUUAAGGUGACCAUAAUACACCCACUGAGAUGACCAGUACUGAGAGAUAUGUUAGAUCUGACAACAGAGGGGAUCAGCUUCUCAACACUGUCAGGAGAACGUUAGAGAGCAAAAAUUAUUCUUGGCAUGAUCCUGUGAUGCUGAAGCAAGGAGUGGGUGGGACUAAUUCUCUUAAGGAGCUACUUAUCAAUAGUUCAGUGGAGAUGGAGGCUACUACUGACACCAGUGUCACUGCCCUUUGCACUGUAGAUACAGAACCUAUGGACAGUGUGGAGAGUUUUGAAAGGCUGAGUCAAUUCUGUAUGGAUUGCAAUGCAGCUCACAAGGUGGAGCUGACUCAGGUCCUCUACCCAGUGUUUGUUCAUGUUUACCUGGACCUUAUUGCCGGAGGGCACUCAGGAAUAGCUGAAUCGUUUCUGGACAAGUUCUCCAUGGUAAUAGGUCCCACCCACCAGUCAGAGCUACAGGAACUGAGCGAAGUAGUGUCUGCCGAGCAAGUGAGCACCAGUUCGCUCGUAAAGAAAUUCAGAAACCAAAAGUUCUUUCUCAAAAUGUCCAAUUCAACUUUCCAGUUGCUUAUGCAGUUCCUACAGGUAUGUGAAACUCCAGGAUUGCUCAGUUUGGUCCAGCGAUACCUAGCUAUUGAUGUUUAUGGGAACACUGCAAUCAGCAAUGCUGAGGUCGCAGGGAAAACUGAGCAGAAGAAAGGUGGUCACUCGCUCAUCUUUGUCAAACCAAAAAUUCCUCAGCUUGAGACUGGACCAACAAUCAAAGGAAAACCUUCAGCACGAAGAGAGCUGCGAAUGUUGCCGUCUAGGGAUGAUGUUGUUAAAUCUACUUUCGGUAAGAUCAGCUCGACUGGUAUCAUUGACUUGGACAGUUUGUCUUCAGUCUUCACCAGUGAGGAAAAUGACAGCUCGACAUCUCGUGCUGAGCUUCGUGAGAGGCUGGCUGUGUGCUCCCAGCAACUCUCCCCCUCUCCUCCGUCACUGGCCCUCUACACAGUGCUCUCCCCACCCAGUAACAGUGUUCACUGUGCUUGCCUCUCUCUUUUUUCUGACAUCUAUGCUUGUGGAUUUGCUGACUCAUCGGUGCAUCUGUGGUCUCGGUUACCAACAGAAUUAAGUCACAUGGCCUGUAAUCACCCAAUCAAAUUGCAGUCUGAUCACCAUAUCCUUCGUGGUCAUCAAGGUUCAGUGUAUGGUGUGACCUUUGACUCAAGUGGGCAGUACCUUCUCUCUUGCUCGGAAGACUGUACCAUCAGACUAUGGGACACGCCCACGCGAUGCUCUACGGUGUCUUAUAGAGGCCACACCUACCCAGUCUGGGACGUGGCAUUUAGUCCGGUAGACGUGUACUUUGUCUCGUCAUCGCUAGACAGGACGGCUCGACUCUGGAGCACUGACCAGGUGUUUCCUCUCAGAGUGUUUGCUGGACACGCAGCUAGUGUCGAUAUUUCUAGGUUUCACUGCAAUGGUAAGUACUUGGCAACGGGAUCACGUGAUUGCACAUGUCGACUUUGGGACAUUCAGAGUGGCACCUGUGUUCGGCUGAUGUCAGGUGGCAAGUCACCCAUUACAUCCCUGGCUUUCUCUCCCAAUGGCAAGCAGCUGGUCAGUGGAGACGAAAGUGGAGAACUAAAAGUCUGGGACCUUGGCUCAGGAAGUAUGAUCAGCGAUUGCCCUAAACCCACGCCCACGGCUAGAAAAUGUCCCGUCUCGUCUCUGGUGUUCAGUGCUGAUAAUGCUAUGUUGGCUUCAAGUAGCCAUGACAACCAGAUCAGAAUCUGGAAUAUGAAGUCCUUUGAACAGCUGAAUCAGCAAGUGUUUUCAAAAGAAGCAAUCUCUGAGUACAAGUGUGAUGUUGGCCAGUUACUUCAGAUGAACUUCACCCAUAGAAACUGCUUGGUAGCUAUAGGUGCUACAAGAGCUCGUAAUUGUGAACCUUCCAAUCAAAUGGACACAUGAGAGAUUCUGGUGGAAUCAUCAUUUUCAAAUCACUUUCUCUUUGACAACUAAUUCGGUCAUACGUGAAAAGCAAUACUUUGAGUCUAGUGACUUUCCUCCAAUACUUUAUACUCUUGAAAGGUGCAAGAGUAUAAGGGUAUUUAUAUUUAUAUUUAUAUAAAUACCCUUAUAGGUAUUAUUAUUUAUAUACUACUACUAUAAAAUGAAUUAUUAUAGCUACAAAAAUAAUUACAUGCAUCACACAGUACAUUACCAGCUUGCAUGCUCUAUGUGUAGCUGUGCCUAAUUAAACAGAUUCAUCUGUUAUUGGUUUUUAGCAAGGAUGUUUACAGAUCAUAUUCACCUGUCCAUGACUCUAUAGAGUAAUCACAUGUACAGCACAUUCUACAUUGAGUGUGUAAAAACCAUCUAAAACUAGAACUGCUGCACUCUCAUGCUAAUAUAAACUAUAGCUAUAUAAUUAUAUCUUGAGUUACAAUAUUGUGUGUUUUAUACAACUCCUUUCUUCUUGUUACUGCUCACACAAAAGACAGUAACAAGCACAACUACCAGUGCAAUCAAAAUGAUCAAUAAUGGUAUUCCUACUGCGAGUCCGAUGAUACAGCCAGUGUCACAUGAGAUCGAUGGAGCUGCCUCUGCAUGCAUGUGAAAGACCAAAUAUUAUACGAAAAAUUUAUUAUAUAUAGUGGUGAUAAUAACUAUAGCAUGCACAACAAAUCAACUACCAAAUACCACCGCUUUACAAAACACGUGCAGUAGACUCACGGCAUGUUGGGCUAGUGCCCGACCACGUUCCACCAGUCAGACAUGUUCUAGUAUUUCCAUUCUCAGGAUCUAUCAGGAAUCCUAGGUCGCAGUUGUAAUUUGCUUCGGUGCCAGCUUCAAGUUCGCCAGGGGGAUUAGUGUAGGAAAUGUUUCCAUUAACCAAUACAGGCAACAGAUCACAGAGAGCUGGGGAAACAAUGGACGUAAUAAAUAGCAGUAACAUGCAUACACACUACAUACACACUACUUACGUGUGCAAUUUGGUGCGGUAGUCCUCCAGUCAGCAGAUUGACCCGAUUGGGUACACGUAGCUGGUGAGUUGUUAGCUUGAAAACCGUUAUUACACGUAAGAGUGGCCACACUACCAAUGCCUGUAGCAUCACUAUACGAAAACUCUCCGUUUGCAUCAUUCAGUGUCGAACAUUCAGCUAAAAACGUUAAUCCCAACAAUAAUAAUUUUGACAAAUGGCUCAUGUCAAUCAAACUCACCACCACAUACAAAGUUGGAACCAGGUACCUGACCUGUAGGGCAGUUUUCAACACAACUACUCUCGUUAAAGUAGUUGCAACAAGUCUGGUCAGUAAAAUCUGCGCCAAAGCAGCGUCCAAGACCAACAGUACAGUUUUCACAUUC